GCGCAGAGCGCGAGUCUCCUGCCGGGUCCGGCGGGGCGAGGAGGGCUGGGCUCAAGAUGGCGGCGCCCGUCCUGCUCCGCGUCUCGGUGCCUCGCUGGGAGCGGGCGGCCCGCUACGCCGUCUGCCUGGCCGGCAUCGUCCUCUCGCUCUACGCCUGGCACCUGGAGCGGCAGAAGGGCCGGGACCUCCACUACAGGGCCCUCUGCGACCUCAGCGAGCGCGUCAGGUGCUCCGCCGCCAUCGCCGCCAGAUGGGGCCGUGGGUUUGGCCUGUUGGGUUCCAUUUUUGGAAAAGACAGUGCAAUAAACCAACCGAACAGCGUCUUCGGCCUUGUCUUCUACAUACUACAGAUGUUGCUUGGUAUGACGGCAAGUGCGGUGGCGGCGCUGGUCCUCAUGACGUCCUCCAUCGUCUCCGUAAUAGGAUCCUUGUACCUGGCCUACAUCCUGUACUUUGUGCUGAAGGAAUUCUGCAUUGUCUGUGUUCUCACAUACUUGCUGAACUUCGUUCUCUUAAUCGUCAACUACAAACGACUAGUUUACUUGAAUGAGGCGUGGAAGAGGCAGCUCCUGCCCAAACAGGACUAACCUCCCUGGGAGACUUUUGAACUGACGGUCCAAAGGACCCCCCCAGCAUCCAUUUAACUUUAUUUUCACAGGAAAAGGACAUUUAAUUUUUUUUAAACAAACAAACAAAAUCUUCAUAUCAAAAUCCUUUUUCCCCUUGAGAGUCUUUGACUGGUCCAACUACAAUGAACGGCAACAACAGCAACCCUUAGGUCUGCUUAGAGGUUUGUUGCCCCAAGAGAAGAUCCAGGGAAGCCCUGGCAUGAUCGGAGACAAGCUGUGAAGGAAUCCUGCGCUGCAAACUCGCCAUCUUCUUUCUGUGCUCCUGGCGUUUUGAGUUCGCCAGCGAAAGGCUUUGGAGGCCUCCCGUCUUCUGUGUGUGUAAAUUCAGUUUUGGGGGGCCGGGGAGAUCAUGGUAACUGUGUGCUAGACUUUAUAGGUACUGUGCGAAAACCUUGCCGUGUUUACAUUGUGUGUAUUUUUUAGCCGCGGGAUCCGAACCUCCCUGUAGGCGCGACUGGGAGACUCGUCCCACCAAAAAGGGGAUGACUGCACGUCUCUUGUGAGGAAUAAAAAACACCGUGAAGCUCGUGGUGAGCCCCGGUCCCUUGAGAGGAGGCUGAGCGACUUGAAGGACCCUUCGUCUUUUUGGUUGUUGUUGUAAAAAGGAUUGUUUUUGAGUGUCUCCGGAGAGCCCAGAUGCAACGAGGGAUCGAUGAGCGGAAGUUCCUUUUUGCUUUCUUUCUUAACACACCUGAAGGGAACGGGAUUAGAGGUGACAUCUUUGGUGGGUCAGGACUUUUCUGGAUUCCUGUGCGCAGCCAUUGGAAAGGUUGACGUGACAGUUAGGAAACAUGUACAGAGUGGAGGUUGGCAAAGUGGGGGGUUUAAAUGGACAUGAACCAUCCGGCUGCACUCCGAACCCAUGUUAGGCUGCCAAGUUGUUGAUAUCAGUUUGAGUUCAGGGCUGCUGGGUAGAAUGACACUGGAUCCCAGACGCCCGCUGGCAAAGUGAUGCACAGGAAAAGCAAGCCAUACCUCCACUGUAUGUAUGGUCUUUGCAUGCGUUGCCCUCCCAAAUGAAGGGGGAUUUCCCUCCUCUGUGCACCCUUCUGGACCCCUUUCCCUUUGCUUCGGUGCGGCGCUUGCAGAAAGACUUCGCCAUGGAUGAUGCCUGUAGAGGUGGAGCAGUUAUGGGGUCUCUCUUGCAGGCAUUGGGGUGAAGUUGAGGGUGGCUGCCCCAUUCUCUCUCCUUGCCCCAAAAGGGAAGGCAGGGCAGGGCAUUAGGCCAACGAAAGGGAUGCAGUCAUGGUUCUUUGCGAAACGAUGUCCAUGAGGAAACGGCAGGUCACGCCGUUUUCCCCGUCCUCCUCUUCGCCCAGUUUUCCGUUCCCUGUCAUCCCAAAAACGCAGUGUUUGGUUUUUUGUUUUCAAAGAAGUGCCUUCUGUCUUACAAACCAAAUAAUGCGGGGGGUGUUUGGAAACGGCAGGCAGAAAAGGUUCUUGCGCGACAGUCCCCCAAACGGCUUCACCCAGUGAAUUUGGUUUUGGGCGGAAGGUGGCCCCGUUGGCCUGGGAACCUGUCUUUGCAAGGCAGUGAGGGCUUCAGCGGUUUGGGGUCUGGCUCAGCAAGGCUGGUAUCUUUGGGUCCAGGCCUUGUGUCUUGACAGAUGGCACAGGGCACUAGUAUUUAUUAGAGGGUGCCAGGUGGGCUGGGCUUUGGCAUCGCAGCAUCCGUUGCAGGGAAUCCCGUGGCCCAUCUCUCAGGUGGCACAGGAUGGUGAAAUCUCUCUUGUUCGCUCUUGAAUGUAUCUCAUCCCCACUGGGAGGAAGAGACACACAAACACACUAACUAAAAGCCCCAUCUGUGUGCGUCCCCCCCCCAAAAAAAAGCAUCUAGAUGCCAAAAUGUGAGUCCUGUGGGGGUUUUCUUUUUGCGUCAUGGGUGCUUGGCUUUAUCUCUUGCCUUCAUCAUAUCUGACAGGACCUUCCUCCUAACCGAUUCCGUUCAGUCCGUCUCUUAACUGUUUCCCUCCUUGUAAGUCUGUGUGAGAGGUCCUUGUUUCCGUGUGUUUCGUUUGUCCUUUUGGUUGCGAAGAUUGACACUGAGGUAUUAACACAAUUCUCUUGUGUUCGCAUUAAUAAAAAGUGUGGCUUGUAUUAGCAACAGUAUUUAACAAACGCCUGCCAAAAAGGACGGUCCAGCAACCGGGGUGUGAACACAAGAGGAGGAAAACCUGUAUUACAACCUGUAUUGUUUUUUAAUAUAUCAAUAUAUAUACAUACAUAUAUGUGUGUAUGUAUAAAAAGGAGCCCCUAAACUUGGCUGUUGUCUUUGUCUGAAACCUUUUCCAACUCCAUCUGGGUGCAGUUAAAGCUUGUCUUGGUUUUUGUCCUUAGAAAGGUUGGGUAGCGGUGGGAUUGGCAGCGUUUAGGGGCAGAAAAUGCCCUGCAACUGUUAACAUGGGGCUUGUUUUGUCUGCCUUGGAAGCCAAGGCGAGAGGUUUUGCUGGUCAGGGACUUGAAUCUCUGGUUUAAGAGACGGGAUCAUCAUCCAAAGGGGGGAAAUAGAUUGGUUUUGGGGCUGCGGCUUUUCCGCUCCCUGUUUUUUGGGAUUAAGGUCUCCUCCAAAAUUCCCUCUCCGAAGAGCUAGAUAGGCUUCAUUGCUUACCUUGAAGCACCUGUCGUUGUCCGAAGAGCUUGGGAAGGUUUCUCAUUUCGGACUGCAACAACCACGUGGUCCUCUUUUUUUCCUUUACACUUGAACGUUGUGGAUAUCGUGGUCCAGAAGAACCCAAGAUUUUCUUUUCUCAAACUGUGAUAAAAGCUCAGGUUAUUGAAUUGUGCCGGAGGCAAGGUUAAUCCUCGCUUCCUCUCUUCUUCCCCAAGACAGUAGUGGCUUGAAAUAGUUCGAUUCCCCUGUAUACCAAGCAUUUUCCUUGGCCGGUUUGGCGGAGGUCUUUGUAUCUGUCAGAGAUACUGCUGCAUUAAAAGGGGGGAAAUGUUAGCGCUGGGGCAAAGUGUGUGUAGAGAGACUCCCACGAAAUUGGCUUCAGAAGAUCUUUAGUCUGAAGAAAGAAAAAGUAUUGUUACCAUUAAAACCAAGUCUGUAUUAAGCAUGGUCUCCGUUUUCGGUGUGUGUUUUGUCUUGUCUGUCUGACCUGACCAAAACAAAACAAAAGCGAUUGGGUUUCCCCCCCUUUUCUUUCUUAUAAGGUGUUUUGAAUCCCAUCUGCGCCUAAGAAUUGGGAACCAUUCCAUAUGUUUUUCUGUCCCGACCAUAAGACUCUGCUACAUUCUGAGGUCUAAGUGUCCAGUUUUGCUCACGGGAAUUUCAAAACCAACAAACAAACAACGAUGUAAAUAAUGUAAGAAUGUUUAUUCGUUGCACAUAAGUUUUUUUUGGUAUAAAAAUAAAUGUAGAAAUUACCUGUG